AUUCCAUAAAAUUUUCACAUAGAGCACGAGCUCUAUUAAGAAUAUAAGUAUUAAAAAUUCCCAGUAUUAUAGUAGAUAACCGUCUAGCGCCAUUCUGGACACGUUCAGUGAACACAAAAUUCUAAAUUGUAUGUAACCUUGUUGUUGGCGUUGCAGUUGCCAGAAUGAAAAGUCGAUUAAAGAAAAAGAAGAGCAGCAGAGACGUGAGGCCAUGCGUGAGCAAAAGCAGCAGCAAGACGACGCUACCACUGCCGCUACAUAUCUUCGGGCUGGUGUCCAGGGAGAGGCCUUGGCCGCGUAAAGAACGCAGCUGCAUCUACUAUAGCACUGACUGCGAUAAGACGGCGCUGAUCAACAACUUUCAGAAGAGGGGCUGGCACAAGGUGCCCGCCUUCGACGGCGAGUGGAAUCUGUACUGGGCGUGCGCGCAGAACUGUCGUUACAUCUUUGGGGUCGAUCAUCCCUAUCGCAUGCGAUCCGAUCAAAUAAUCAAUCACUUCCCCAACUCGAUGGAACUGUCGCGAAAGGAUCUGCUGAUAAAGAACAUUAAGCGUUAUCGCAAGGACUUGGAGCGCAAGGGAGACGCAUUGGCCGCAACGCAUCCGAAUGAUACGAAAUUGGGUGUGGGCGGCACACGCUAUAUGCACCUAGAUAUAAUACCGAUGACAUUUGUACUGCCCGCCGAUUACAAUUUGUUCGUCGAACAAUUCCAUAAGAAUCCGGCGAGCACCUGGAUUGUGAAGCCAUCGGAUAAGUCACAAGGUGUUGGCAUCUAUCUGAUCAACAAACUGUCCAAGCUCAAGCGGUUCGCCUAUGAGGCUCGCACAUUCUAUCCCCACUUUCAUCGCGACACCUGCGUCAUCUCCAAGUACAUUGACAAUCCUCUACUCAUUGGUGGCAAAAAGUUUGAUCUGCGACUGUACGUGCUGGUCACCUCCUUCAAUCCGAUCAAGGCUUAUCUGUAUAACGAGGGCUUCUGUCGCUUCUGUACCCAGAGAUACGAUCAGACCGAGAUCGAUAAUGUGUACAUGCAUCUCACGAAUGUUAGCAUACAAAAGAAUAAUAAGGAAUACAAUUCGAUACAUGGCGGCAAAUGGUCCAUGCAGAAUCUCUGGCUCUAUUUGGACAGCAUACGUGGCGAGGGCGUAUCGAAGACACUAUCUUCCCGCAUAUUGGAGACGAUACGACAUUCUCUAGACGCUGUGGCCCCGGUGAUGGCCAACGAUCGGCAUUGCUUUGAGGUGUAUGGCUAUGAUAUUAUUAUCGAUAACAAUCUGAAGCCGUGGCUUAUCGAGAUCAAUACAUCGCCAUCCAUUCACUCGACCACGAAGAACGAUUGCACACUGAAGACGCGCCUGAUCGAUAAUGUCCUGGAUGUGGUCAUACCACCCGGAGGAAUGCCCGAUGAACGCUGGUCCAAAACGCCCAGCAAGGAGUCCCUAAGGAACUUUACUCCGAUAACACCCGUUGAGCUGCCAAAGGCACCGAAUCAAAGCCGAGAGCCCACCUCAUUGGCUGGCGCUGGUGAAGGCGGAAACUGUUGCCGCAAUAAAAGUACAAGUAAGUCUAAAAAUAAUGGUCACCGACUGGCGGGCGGUGCAUUGCCCUCGGCAGCGACCAAGACGACAUCCAAGCUGCUGCUGCCCUCGGGAACGUCGGCCGGGAUGCGGCCCAUAUCGAAGAAAACAGGCCAGAAAUCCAAGUCGAAGCCAAAGUCAACGACGAAGCGCGCCGCCACUGGAGCUGCGCCUACAAAGAUCUCGUCCAAAUAAUUAAUCACUUGGCAGAUCAAUUGCAGCACUUGACAAUUACGGUUAGACAGUUCCCCGGUCAGACGAAGAGCAACAGAAACUAUCAGCGUUUCGGGGAAACCCUACAGAUAAUUGGACGUUACCAUCUUUUGGUGGAUUGGUAUUCAAGGACGAUUUACAAAAUUUCUCCACUCAUACAGAUGAAGGGACAAAUGGACCGAGAGAUAUUCGAUGGAUAGACAAAUGGGUACUUGUACAAAGGGACAGACAUAUAUACGAACAAACCAUAUGCCGACUUAGUUCGUCGUCUGAAGAAGAAUAUACCCUGCCACGCCUACAAAACCAUUAUAUCCCGAAUGCCCCGUUUAAAUGGGCAUAAAUGCAUUAUGGGAAAUCAAAGCUAAGAUAUGCUAGCGUCCCUUAGAGGUGUACGAUGCUUACGGGGAAAUUAUAAUAAUUAUCAAAAUUGUCCUUAAGUCGUAUGAUAUCUUGACUUCUAUAAUUCAAAAAUAAAA